GAGUAUCAUAUAUUAGAAUCAUAAUUUAGACAACAACUUAAUACUAUCAAAAAUAAAAAUUACAACCAUGUGGUACCACUUACUUGGGUCCCUUAACCAUUUGGUCAUGAGCUCGAUCUCUGGCCGGUGCGUAUGGAGAAUCAUUUGUUGGGAAAUGAUUAGUCUCUGUAGUUGCGCGCGGAUGAUACCUUUGUUUUUUAAAAAAAUACAAAUAAAUUAGAAAUCAACAUUUUUGUGUAUUUUUUUGUCAAAAAAAAAAUUGUGUUUUUCACUUCAUGCAAGCAACAACUAUGUCAUUGUCUUCUUGUUUUCACUCUUCAAACUUCAAAAUGCAAACUCUCUUUGUUUCAUCUUCUCUUUCAACACCAAGAUUUCACCCUUUUCAAAAUUCUCAUUAUCAUUCUUUUUCUUCUUCACCACUUAGACUCACCAUUGAUGGAUUUUCAUGCCCAUCUUCUUCUUUGUUCCAAACUGUUAGAAAGUCUUCAACUUUUCUCCUUUCAAAUCCAAAAAUUUCAUCUUUUAGAGUCUUUGCUGCUUCUGUUCCACAGGCACAAAGUGAUGAACCAACUCAACCUUCUGGGUUGGUUCAGUCUUUGCAGCUUGGUUUCAUGUUUGCUAGUUGGUAUCUCUUGAAUAUUUACUUCAACAUUUACAACAAACAGGUUCUAAAAGUCUAUCCAUUUCCAGCAACAGUUACAGCAUUUCAAUUUGGCUUUGCUUCGUUGGUGAUUAAUUUGAUCUGGACUUUGAAUCUUCAUCCAAGACCAAACAUUAGUAGGUCAAAGCUUGUAGCCAUUCUUCCACUGGCUGUAGCUCAUACAUUAGGGAACCUGUUGACCAACAUUAGUCUUGGCAAGGUUGCUGUGUCUUUCACUCACACCAUCAAAGCUAUGGAACCUUUCUUCACUGUUGUUCUUUCAUCCCUUCUCCUCGGUGAGAUUCCAACUUUAUGGGUGCUUUCUUCUCUUUUACCUAUUGUUGGGGGAGUGGCACUAGCAUCAAUGACUGAAGUAUCUUUCAAUUGGAUUGGAUUCAGCACUGCAAUGGCAUCAAACCUUACGAAUCAAUCGCGGAAUGUUUUGAGCAAAAAACUAAUGGCUAAUGAAGAGGACGCGUUGGACAAUAUCAAUCUCUAUUCGGUUAUAACCAUCAUUUCCUUUUUCAUGUUGUUACCGUUUGCUAUAUUUUUGGAGGGUGUCAAGUUUACGCCUUCAUACCUGCAAACUGCGGCGAGUCAAGGAUUGAAUGUUAGAGAGCUAUGCAUAAGAUCAGUUUUGGCUGCAUUCUGCUUCCAUGCAUACCAACAGGUUUCAUAUGGAAUAUUAGAGAAGGUGUCACCUGUGACACACUCGGUCGGAAAUUGCGUGAAGCGUGUGGUUGUUAUCGUCUCUUCGGUUAUCUUCUUUCAAACUCCUGUCUCACCUAUUAAUGCACUUGGAACUGCUAUUGCACUUGUUGGUGUUUUCUUGUAUUCAAGAGCAAAAAGGAUUAAGCCAAUGCCAAAAACAAAUACAGCAUAAAUAACUCUCUCAAAGGAGAAAGUAAAAGUGAGGGAAAAGUAAAUAUUAGAGAAAUAAAAUAACCAACUCAGCCAUCCAUUUUUUGAUUUUAUUUUUUAGGCUGAGGGGUUGGAUCUCAAUAUUAGGAGUGUGUCCUUUUUGAGGUUACUGCAUGAUCAAUUGGUAACUACUUAGUUACUUAGAAUGCUGCUAGAGUUAUAAGAUAUCAAAAGUUACCAAGGAAUGUCAUUUUAAGUUUGGUUUUUCUUGUAUAGAAUUUCUAUAUGAUUCUCCAUGCAAAGUCUCAAUCUUUUUUUUAUGUAUUUGAUGUUAUUGGUUAUUUAUUAAUUUGUUUGGAAUGAUAACAUAUUAUUUGUUUGAUUACUGUGUAAAAGGGUACUA